CGGCAGGUCCAGAGCGCAGGGUCAGUCUGAGGUGACUGGGGAAGCACGAGAGGAGGCGUCCCCGUGGCCCUGGGCCACUCCCAGGCCUGCUCUUCCCACGGAGUCCCAUGGCGGCAGCUGUGCCCGCGGACCCGGCUCAGGGUAGUGUGACCUUCGAAGACGUGGUUGUGUACUUCUCCUGGGAAGAGUGGGGGCUCCUUGACGAGACACAGAGAUGCCUGUACCAUGAUGUGAUGCUGGAGAACUUCGCACUCGUGAUCUCACUAGGUUGUUGGUACGGAAUGGAGGAGGAGGAGGCCCUUUCGGUGCAGCAGGUGUCCAUGGGCAGGACUUCAAGUCCAGCUCCAUCCAUGUGGAGAGCUCAGCCCUGUGACAAGUGUGUCUUGCUUGGGAGAGACAUUUUGUACCUGGGUGAGGACCAAGGAGCACAUCAUGGGCAGAACUACAUCUGUGAGGCAUGUGGGAAACUGUGGUUGGACGUAAAUCUUCAGCCCCAGAAGCACAAUGAGGAGAAGCCAUUCAGAUGGGACAUGGAGCUUGUGACAAGGUACAAACUGCACGUGUCAGGGAAGCCUUUCCCGUGUGGGGGAGUUGGGAAGGACUUCCUGGCCAUCGUGAGCCUUCUCCGGCACCAGGCCACUCUCAAAGGAGCCGAGCCUCACAGCAGCUUUGAACAUAGGGACUCCUUUCAGGGUAGAAAAAGUCUGCCUGAGUACAGCGACCACGGGAAGUCCUUUAGCUAUGACUGUAAACUUUUCCAGCAUCAGCAACUGCACCCCAGAGAAAGUUACCACGACUGGGAUAACUGUGAGAAGCCUUUUAACCAAAGCUCCAUUCUUAGUGACUGCCCGAGAGCUUACCCAGAAACGAGGUCUUACGAGUGUAACGAAUGUGGGAAAUCCUUCAGCCAAAGCUACAACCUCAUUCAGCACCACAGGAUUCACACUGGCGCCAGGCCUUACAAAUGCAGCGAAUGCGGAAAAGCCUUCAGCUUCAAGUUCAGACUCGUCCAGCACCUGCAGAUUCACACUCGCGUGAGGCCUUAUGCCUGUGGCGAAUGCGGGAAAGCCUUCAGCUACAGCUCAACCCUCAUCAAACACCAGAGAGUGCACACGCGAGAAAAGCCUUAUAAGUGUGGGGAGUGUGGGAAUUCCUUUAGCCAAAGCUCCAACCUCAUCCAGCACCAGAAGAUCCACAGCGGAGCAAGGCCCUACAAGUGCAACGAAUGUGCCAAGUCCUUCAGCUACAAGUGCAAGCUUGUUCAGCACCUGCGCAUUCACACCGGAGAGCGGCCUUACGAGUGCGGCGAAUGCGGCAAGUCCUUCAGCCAUAGGUCCACGCUCAACCAGCACCAGAGAAUUCACACGGGAGCCAGACCUUACAAGUGCGGGGAAUGUGAGAAAUCCUUCAGCCAAAAGUCCAACCUCAUCCAGCACCGAAGAGUCCACACGGGCGAGAAGCCUUACGAGUGUGGAGAAUGUGGGAAGUCCUUCAGCCAAAGCUCCCACAUCAUUCAACACAGAAAACUUCACACCAGAUAACCUCCUGCCUGCAGCCGCGGAGGACAGGGAUAUCAGUGCAGCACACGGGGAAGCCAGCUCAAGGCCUAACCUCCUCCCGUGACUGGGAUUUCAUAGAAAGAGACUCCUGCUGGGAGGAACGGUCUCCCCCCAAGCCCCCCAGACCAGGUUUGUGGGCCUUUAGGAGCCCUGCCACCUUCCUCAGCGUAUAAAACAGGGCAGGUUCUCUGGGCCCUUGGGAGAUAGGGGGUGGGGGGAAUUAUGCAGUCCCCUUCCUCAUUAGGUAGUUUUGACAGCUAGUCUACGGCCAUACCACCCUGAAUGCGCCCGAUCUCGUCUGACAGCUAAGGGGGUUUGAAAAUCCUGGUUCCAUGAGAAUAGCCUCUCUUCUCUGUGGCCGCCGGCACCCCCCUCCCAGUGGUUUAUUCUGCAGGAAGGAAAUACUGCAAAGGAAUCAUGUGCCUUCGACAGGGAGGGUUCAGCUUUUCUGGUGGGCCUGAUGAUGUAGUGAAACCCGCACACAUCACCUUCCUCUGUUUUCUUCAUGUAGUUGAGGAGCUUUAUAAACUCUAUUUGCAGGAUAGGGCUUACGGAGGCAAGAAACCGGUAAUAGGAUAGAAAUUUGGCUGGGAUGAUGCUUUUCUGCCCAGAUUGCUGACCCACAGAGAAGCUAUUUGGAAAUUCUCACUGAUGCACCAGGCAGGGUGAGGGGACUUGCUCUCUAUUCCAUUUUUUAAUAAAGCUUUAUAUAAAGUUAAGGAUACUGGUAGACUGCACAUAUUUAAAAUUGUAUACAGACUGUAAUAAAUGGAUCUAUAUGCCUUU